AUGGCACCUAUAUACGAGCAACUCGCCGCUCAAAAACGCGCCGACCAACUAUCUCUCAUCCCACCCGAAUGGCGACUCAAUCCCAUCCCAUCCGUCGAAUCAGCACCCAAUGCACUAACCUAUCUCCGGAGGAUCCUGACGCCCGCCGAACUCUCCCUGACAGAGGAAACCGACAUCAACGUUCUGCUCCGAAAGCUGCACUCACGAGAACUCUCCUCGCUGGAGCUGACGAAGGCAUUCGCCAAACGAGCAGCCCUCGCCCACCAGCUCACCACCUGCUGCACGGAGAUCUUCUUCGAAGAGGCCUUCAAGACAGCCGCCCAGUUGGACGAGCAUCUCGCAACUACAGGAUGCCUUGUCGGCCUGUUGCAUGGGUUACCUGUUUCCAUUAAAGACCUGUUCACCGUGAAAGGCGUCGAUACUUCCAUUGGCUGGGUCGGCCUCGCAAACCAGCCCGCCCCAUCCGACAAGUCCGUGGCUACGACCCUCCGCCGUCUCGGAGCGGUGCUGUACGUGAAGACCAACCUCCCGCAGUCGAUGAUGAUGUCCGACUCGUAUAACCACGUGUUCGGGCAGUGCGUGAGCCCAUUCCAUCGCGGACUCAUCUCGGGCGGGAGCUCGGGUGGCGAGGCCUCGCUUGUCGGCGCCAGAGGGAGCGUGUUGGGCAUCGGGACGGAUUUGGGUGGCUCGAUUCGCAUUCCGGCGGGUUUGUGCGGGAUGUAUGGUCUGUCGCCGAGUCAUGGGAGGCAUCCGUAUGAGAGGGGGAAUCCCGGACAAGAUAUCGUGCGUUCUGUAGCCGGCCCCAUGACAAACAGUCUGGCCAGCAUCGAGCGCUACAUGGAAGCCUUACCAUCGGUCUUGCCGUGGACGAUCGAUCCGCAUGUCUCUGCCGUCCCGUGGCGCUCUCAUCUCGCCUCUGUCGGGAGCCGACGUCUCAAGAUCGGGUUCCUGAUCGACGACGGAGUGGUCAAGGUCCAGCCGCCGGUUGCGAGGGCAGUGCGGGAGGUUGUGGAUGCGUUGAAGAGCGCAGGUCAUGAAGUCAUCGAAUGGGACGCAUCCUCGCACGGCCACGCAUACUCUCUCUGGCUGAAAGCCGUUCUCUCCGACGGCGGCGAGGGAUGUCGCAAGAAGACGGAGUUGAGCGGCGAGCCACUUAUCCCGGGGAUGUUAGUUGGCAACGAGACGGAUCUAUUGACCACGUCGCAAACGCAUCAACUCCACGCCGACAAAUACGCCUACGAAACCGCAUACCUCUCACAAUGGACAACCAGCGGAAUCGACGCGCUCAUCAUGCCCACGAGUCCCUGGGUGGGCUAUAAGCCGUGGACCUGGACCAGCGGCAGCCAGUACGUCGGGUACACAAGUAUCUGGAAUUUCCUGGGGUAUGCGGCGCUGGCAGUGCCUGUGACUUGGGCGUCCAGAGAGAAGGAUCAGUCGGAUGAGGAGUGGACGGAGCAUGUGCCUAGAAAUGAAAGUGAGAGGUUUACAAAGGAGCAGUAUGACAUCGACCUGGUCGAGGGCAUGCCUGUGGGCGUGCAGGUUGUGGGCGGCCGGUUCGGAGACGAAACGUGUGUUGCGGUGGCGAAGGUGAUUGAAAGAGUUCUAGCCGGGCGUCAGUUGACUUGGGCGAAGCUGUGA